AUGGAUGCCAUCAUCUCCAAGGCUAUCGCAGACAGCGCGGCGUUAAGAAAGUCCUCAGUUCCCUGGAUACCCGAUGAACCAUAUAACCAGUCCUAUCACGCCUUUGAUCCUAAGAGCUCAUCCUGGAUCAUCAAAUCUCCAUCUCCAUCUACAUCCACGGACACAAGCAUGUACAAUAAAAAUAAAAAUGAGCAAAAUACCAACAUUACCAAAAUCGCUCUCUACUCCUGGAACAUCGACUUCAUGCUUCCCUUCCCAGAAGCCCGGAUGAAAACAGCCUUAUCCCACCUAAACACCCUGAUAAGUUCCAACCCAGACACCUCAAACGCAGCAACAGUUAUAUAUCUCCAAGAAUGCCUUCCGUCUGAUCUAGAGAUAAUUAAAAAUACACCCUGGAUCCAGGAACGGUUCCAUAUAACCGAUCUCGACACCACAAACUGGGCUACGACACACUACGGAACUAUCAUGCUUAUCGACUUAUGUCUGGUGAUAAGGAAUGUAUUCCGGGUCCAUUAUUUGAAGACGCGUAUGGAUCGCGAUGCUCUCUUCGUGGAUAUCGAUGUCUCGUUGGCUCUGAAUAAAAAGAUCAAGAUCCGACUCUGCACUUCUCAUCUUGAGUCUAUGGCUUUUGAACCUCCUUUUCGACCGGAGCAGAUGAAUAUAAUAGCACGCCAUUUGCAUGAUACAUCUGUUGAUGCAGGUAUAGUUGCUGGAGACUUCAAUGCUAUUCAGCACUUUGAUAGAACGUUACAUGUACAUGGUGAUAAUAAUUUGAAAGAUGCAUUUCUUGAGCUAGGUGGGGAGGAAGAUACAGACGAUGGAUUUACGUGGGGACAACAGGCUGCUACGGAGUUGAGAGCGAAAUUCGGGUGUUCUAGAAUGGAUAAGGUUUAUUUUUGCGGUUGUGUUGGGGUAUCUAGGUUUGGGAGGUUUGGGUAUGAUGUUCUUCUUGAGGGUCCGGAGGAGAAAGGAAAUGAAUUAGUGGAGUUGGGAUUUGAGAAGCCGUGGGUUACGGAUCAUUUGGGGGUUAUGGCUGAAGUGGAACUUGAAGUUUUGUGA